CCUACCUAUCUACCCUUGACAACACCAAUCACGUGCAUAUAGCUGCCCCCUAUCUCCGUAGCUUCAAUGAUGUUUCCUCCUUAGGUCUUCUCUAUCUCUCAGCGACAUAAUGCUCCAAAAAGCAUACUCUCUCUUCAAUCGAUCUUCCGUAUCCUUCCAGGUCCUCUCUGAUCUCCACCUCGAACUCAACCGACAGUAUUCCUCUUACGAAAUUCCAGUCUGUGCAGAAUAUCUCAUUCUCGCGGGUGAUAUCGGGCGCUUAACAGAUUAUGAUGACUAUCGCGAUUUCAUACAAAAACAAACAGACCGAUUUAAAUUAGUCUUUCUCGUUCUCGGAAAUCAUGAGUUUUAUAAUGGGACUUUUGCGGCUGGGCUGGAAAAGGCCGCACAGCUUGAACAGGAACCGACCUUGAAUGGAAGGCUUGUUGUUCUUCAUCAGAAACGAUUUGAUGUUCCGGGUUCGGGUGUCAUUAUUCUAGGCUGCACGUUGUGGUCGAAGGUGCCGUGUGACUUGGAGGGUGUUGUUCGGUCUAAGGUUAAGGAUUUUCAGAAGAUCGAGGACUGGUCUGUGGAUGACCAUAAUGCACGUCAUGAGUCGGAUUGUGCUUGGUUGAUGAGAGAGAUUGAUUUGAUUCGGAAGGAGAAUGGGAAGGUAGGAGUAAAGAGGAGUAGGAAAAGAUCGAUUCUGGUUGUGACGCAUCAUGCUCCGUUACUUGAGAGGACGUCGAGCCCGCGGCAUGCUCAGAAUAUGUGGAGUGUUGCCUUUGGGAGUGAUGUUCUACCGCAAGUAUCAGAUUGGGUGAAAGUCUGGGUGUUUGGGCAUACGCAUUAUACUACUGAUUUUGAGGAAGAGGGUGUGAGAGUUGUGAGCAAUCAACGGGGUUAUGUGUUGCCUUGGAAUAGUCUAAAGGCACAGGAUACAUUUGAUGUGAGGAAGGUUAUACGUGUAUCGUGAGGGAUUGAAUGUGCUUCAUUUUCUAGUCCAUAGGCAUAUUAGCAUGGUGUCACUGAUAGCAACCCUAUAUCAGCAGAUGUGCCCUAG